AUGGCGGUGAGUCAUGUCGAGGUGAUCUCCAGAGAGAUGGUUAAACCGUCAUCUCCAACACCCCAUCACCUUAGGAACCUCAAGCUUUCAUUCCUAGACCAAAUUGCACCACCAAUUUAUAUUCCCGUCAUUUUCUUCUAUCAAGCCAAGUCGGGAUACGAUAUUGAUCGUGCCCAAAAAUCUCAAUUACUGAAACAAUCUUUGUCCGAUACCCUAACUCGUUUUUACCCAUUAGCCGGAAGGAUAAAAAAUGAUGUUUGUAUCGAUUGCAAUGAUGCCGGAGUUGAGUAUGUUGAAGCCCAAGCUCAUGCUCAACUCUCACAUGUUAUCAAAAACCCUAAUGUUGAAGAGGUAAAACAAUAUCUCCCAAUUGGACCUUUUGGCGCCAUUUCUGCUGCGGGAAGGGAAGCACUUCUAGCCAUCCAAAUAAACUCGUUUGAUUGUGGAGGAUUGGCGAUCGCCUUGUGUAUUUCACACAAAAUAGCCGAUGGAUCGUCUCUAGUCACCUUCACCAAUGCAUGGGCUGCCACAGCUCGUGGGGCUAUCAAAAAUGUAACCCCUAGUUUCGAUUUGGCAUCUCAUUUCCCGCCUAGGGACUUCUCAGAGUUUAUGCCAACCACAGGCAUCAGGACAGAAAAGAUAGUGACUAGAAGGUUUGUGUUCGAUAAAAUGAAGUUGGCUGCACUAAAAAAAGCCGCUUCCUCAGCCAUUGGAUCACAGGUGAAGGAUCCCACUCGUGUUGAGGCCGUCUCAGCUUUAAUAUGGAGCCAUUUGAUAGAUGUGGAGAAAAGUAAGGUAGUUCCCCAGAAGACAUUUGCUGCAACCCAUGCAGUGAGCUUGAGAACCAGAAUUAGUCCAUCCCUCCCUGACCACGCCAUGGGGAACAUUUGGGGAUAUGCUCAUACCUUAUUAAUGUCGAAAGAUGAGAUAAAAUUUGCUGAUGUUGUGAAUGAGGUGAGGAGUGCGAUAAGGAAAUUCGAUAGUGAUUAUGUCAAGGGCCUGCAAAUUGGAGAUGGGUACUUGGAUUAUCUCAAGAGGACAGCAGAAAAUUUCUGUGAGAGAGAGGUAGAGUUCUGUAAAUUUAGCAGUUGGUUGAGAUUUCCUGUAUAUGAAGUAGACUAUGGUUGGGGUAAGCCGGUUUGGGUGUGCCCCACAACCUUGCCUUUUAAGAAUGUGAUAAUCUUGAUGAGCACUAGUUGUGGGGAGGGAAUAGAAGCAUGGGUCAAUAUGCUUGAAGAUGACAUCACCAGGCUUGAAUUUGAUCAUAAGCUACUUUCUCUUGAUGUCGGUAAAACAAAUGACUAA